AUGAGAAAGGGAUGGUCAGAUCUGCCUCAUGAACUACUUUCACAAAUUGCAAGUGGUUUAGGGCUUAUCGAGUUUCUGAGUUUCCGUGGUGUAUGCAAAGAUUGGUACGUGGCUUCUUCAAAACUUUCGCCCGAACCUGAAGAUAAAUCUUUUCGCUCUGAUCCUUGGUUUCUUAUAUACGAAGGUGAAGGUUCUGAGUUUUCCUUGCUAACCGACCAGGAUCAUAAACCCUACACCAUUAGCAUUCCAGAACUGGUUGGAGCAACAUGUCUUGCAUCAAAAGAAGGAUGGUUACUUGUCUUUUGCUGUGGUUCCUUGUUCUUCUUUUGUCCCUUUUCUAGGGCAAAAAUAGAGCUUCCAGAUUGUCCAUUCAACGAAGUAACCGAACAUGUGGCAGCGUUUUCUUCUGCUCCCACUUCUGAAGAUUGCAUUGUUGCUGUGGCUAACCGCAGCAAAGAGUGUGAAUUACAUCUCUACACAAUUUGCCGGGGACAGAAAGAAUGGGCUAUGUAUGACUAUUCGCGUCGUUCUAAAUUUAAUAUAAUAAGAUCAGCUUUGUUUUAUCAAGGGGAAAUUCACUUCUUGGAUGGGGGUGAUGGCUUGGUUACCUUCAAUUCCGAGAGUAAAACUAAAGAAUCACGAUGGAAAACCUAUUCCAUAGGUCCAACUUCUGAUGUACCUGCUUCGGAUCUAUUGUACUAUGAGUUACGUGACAAUCCUUUUCAAUCAAAGUAUAGGUCAAAGGUGAGAGAUGCUUCACUUUCUACAUGUGGGACUAUAAUUCCACACGAUGGUGGUGAACAUGACAUAUUUCCGAAUGAAAGCAUUGAGGCAGAAGAACCAUCUACAAGCCGUCAUCUUAAAGGGGUAUGGAUCCAACCCAGAUACAUUUAUGUUCCUCCAGGUCAAAGAUGGUAAUUUUUUAGGGUGUCACUUUUUUGU